AUGGCACACAAUGAUCUUCCUGCCCGCAAUCGCUCAGCAUUUAAGCACAAAAAACUCGACCACAACAAACGAUCGAUUCGGUUGUUCAAAAUCUUGCCUGAGCUCUCGCAUGACGGUCUCAUUCAAUGUGAAUUGUGGCAUACCAGUGUGGAAGACGAACAUGACUGUCUUUCUUACGUAUGGGGCCCAAAGGGAGAUGAGCAAGAAAUCUUAGUCAACGGCAAGAGCUUGCAAGUCCGCAAGAAUCUAUGGACUUUCUUGAAUAAAAUUCGGCCAAAGUAUGCCCUUUCGCAGCGCGCAAUUUGGACAGAUUACAUUUGCAUCAAACAAAACUCUAGUUCAGGAAACGGUAAGAGCUCCAACUCAGAGCUCAACCACCAGGUCGGUAUGGUGCAUGAAAUCUACUCGAAGGCCCAAGAGGUUGUUGGAUGGUUGGGCUACAGUGAUCGGAUAGAACGAGCCUUCGUCUUUUGGCGCGAAUUGAACGCCUUGAAGCCCAAGACACAUAAUGACACCCUGAGGAUACGGAACAAUCAUCUAAGCAAGCGAAACAAAGAGCUGAGGAAAGACUGGAAGGAGCUAGCGGAGAAUUCAUACUGGAGAAGAGCAUGGAUCGCACAAGAGAUACUCUCUGCGAGAAAGUUCAGGCUUCUUGCCAACAACUCUGAAGUCGAGAUGGAUGAAGUUCCAGGGAUCUCGAAGCUACUGACUAAUGAAGGUCAAUCAACUAGCCACCCCCUGGUUUAUACUCGGACGCAAACUUUCAACACUUAUCUGGGAGCCUUGUGUGAGUCACAGAAGGUCGUGGGUAGCAGACUGAUUUCGCUUUUCCACUUGCUGCCUGGGAGAGAGUGUGAGAAUCCCCGAGACCGCAUUUAUUCUCUCCGCUCCAUUGCUUCGGAUGGAGCCUCUAUUGCCGUUGAUUACGACAGCUCUGACAAGGAGGUGCUGUUCCAACUUCUCGGAGUUUUCAAAAACUCCUUGUGCCCAUGCUUCGUAGCUUACAUGUUACAAGCUCUUGAACUGCAAGAUAGCCCAGAGAUUCUUGAUGCAUCCGAGCAAAAGAGGUCUCUGUUCGAAAUAAAAGUGGAA